UAACGUACAUGGUAUAUCAACACAUGUAACGAAAACAAUAAUAGACAACACAUUUCGCACAGCAUGAUGGAAGUAUAAGUUGUUUGUCGGAAACUAGACACAUACAAUAGGUCGAGAGCGUUCAAGACGUGUACAAGUGGUUUAUCUUUAGUGAUUCGUUUGACAAUUAUUCAUUAUGGCAGGCCAGUCUGGUAAUAAGGAGGAACGAAAGAUUCAGGUGAGCGAUGUGGACAUCAAUUUCGUUCGAGUCGGCACGGGUGAUCAUCCGGUGUUGUUCCUGUAUGGACUAUUAGGAACGGCAUGGUUGAAUCUCGGGCCGCAUAUUGAAAGUUUCGAUACAGAGAAGCUGACCAUAGUGGCGUGGGAUGCACCCGGUUAUGGAAAAUCACGGCCACCCGAUAGAACUUUCCCGGAUAAUUUCUAUCAGCGUGAUGCAACGUGGGCCUACAGUCUGAUGAAGACUCUGGGCUACUCGAAAUUCUCUUUAGUCGGCAUGGCUGAUGGCGGUAUCACGGCGCUUUGGCUCGCCGCCACGUAUCCUGAGAGCAUCCACAAGAUGAUCGUUUACGAUGUAAGAUCAUGUAUAACUCCAGCUGAGAUCAAAGUAUAUGAAUGUACGGCGAACAUUGCUUUCUCAGAACCUUUAAGGACCCGUAUGCUGCAAGUUUAUGAGUUGAAUUAUAUCAAACAGACUAUGUCGAAGUGGUUAGACGCUAUGCGAAAAUUGCAUAACAAGCAGAAUGGUGACCUGUGCAAGCAGGCAUUACCGAAAAUAAAGUGCCCAACGUUGAUCCUUCGUAAAUCUGUGGAUAUAUUAUUUGCACCAGAGCACGCAUUGUACUUGAAACAGAAUAUUACCAACUCAAGGAUAUACGAUUUUGAGCCUGAUACACCUAAUGAUCUUUCCAUCCACCCCAAAGAGUUCCAGAGGGUGAUAACAGAGUUCCUCUUGCAAAAAGUCACGAUUCAUCCCAACCAUUUCGGUAAACAAACGACCGUUUUACAGACGCAAAAGAUUAAGGUGGCCGACGUACAUAUCUAUUUUGCUAGAAUCGGCACGGGCAAUCAUCCGGUGCUAUUUCUGCCUGACGCACUAGGAGGGACACGGACUUUCAAAUCGCAGAUCGUAAAUCUGGACACGGAGAGGCUGACUAUAGUAGCAUGGGAUCCUCCCGGUUGUGGAAGAUCACGGCCACCCGAUAGGACUUUCCCGAAUAAUUACUUUCACCGCGAUGCCAUUUGGGCCCACAGUUUUAUGAAGACUCUGGGCUACUCGAAAUUUUCCUUGGUCGGCUAUGGCGAUGGCGGUACCACGGCGCUUUUGCUCGCCGCCACGUAUCCUGAGGACAUCCUCAAGAUGAUCGUUCUCGGUGCAAGAUCAUACAUACACCCGGAUGAGAUCGAAAGAUAUAAACGUAUAAACGCCGCUAGGAUAAAGGUUUUCAAGAAAAAGUUAGAAAACGCUGGGAGUUUGUCCACGCAAAUCCCUGAUUUGGAUUAUUUAGGAUUCAUUAGGGCGGAAUGGUUGGACGCUAUGCGAAGAUUGUACAACCAGCAGAAUGGUAAUCUGUGCCAGGAGAUAUUGCCGAAAAUAAAGUGCCCAACGUUGAUCCUUCAUGCAUCUGGGGAUAGAUUUUUCGUACCAGAUCAGCCAUUGCGCCUGAAACAGAAUAUCGUCAACUCAAGGCUACACAUUUUUGAGAUUGACAAUUGUACUCUCUUGUCAGAGACCAUGGAGUACAAUAAGGUGAUAUCAGACUUCCUCUUAGAAGAAUAAAAAAUGAGAUAAAAAUGUUUUAGAAAGAUAUUAACAUACAUGGUUAUACAUAUUUAUACAUUAUAGUGUGAUGAGUAAUUUGUUAGAUUUGAGUAUAAUUUUUUGUUUUCGAAUUUAUGAAUUCGAAAACAAAAAGAGUGCUAUUGUAUAGGCCAGUACAGUAGAAACUAAUUGAGAAAUAGUUUGAAGAAGAAUAAAGUGCAGUGCACUUAUUCCACUUGCAUACAAAAUUAUUUUUAUUGGAAUCUACAAAAAAGAGUUAAAAUGACCAAGUAAGAACGAAGAAAACUUUUCGUUGAUUGAACAAUUGAAUACAUCGUUAUAAAGCACAUUACAAGUUAUAAAACUAUUGUUCAAAGAAGUUUAUGUAUUAUAUUGUUUACGGUUUUGACAAUAUUCGCUUAGAAAGAAAACAAUUAAUUUUUGAAAGAAUUGUUUGAUCUCUUCUAUGUGAAAUAAAUUGUUAUUUAUGUAAAUAAGUUAUUAUUACAUGCCCUUGUCAGAUAAGAAUUUCUAAGACGAUUAUGAACACUUUUCUAAAAGUUAAAUAUAUCUAAUCUCAUUAUGGAAAUGUUUUUCUAUUUCUCAUAUAUUCAGAGAUAAAUAUUUUAGAACUGUACACGCAUAAUACCAUAUAAAUAUUUACAUGUCAUAUUAUACAAUACAAUUACAUGGUUGUAAUUGUAUUGUAUAAAAUGACAUGUAAUUGUAUUGUAUAAUAUGACAUAAAAGCAACAAUGUAAUCUUUUAUUAAGAUUGUAAUCUUUUAAGAUUUUUUUAUUAAAAUGUUAUCUUUUUAUUAA